ACUUGCCAGUGACUUUUGUGUAAACACAAAAUUUGGAAAAAUCGUACCGCGCAUUUAUUUUUUGAUCUUCACCAAAAUAUCAACCACCACCAUCAGGUCAUAUCAAGUGAGUGGAUUAUUGUAUCUAAUGUCAAAGUUAUUAGGAUCAAAGGUUGUGUUGGAGCAACUAAAGGUGAUAAAUAGUUUGGGAAAGACCAAUCGAUGGAGUCUACAGCCGUUGGCAACCAACAAUGGGUCUAGCUAUCUUACAGCAAAGUAUCAAUUGAAAACGUUUAAGACCACUUGGAAGUUCUUAAAUGAAGUAGCCAAAACUGCUGAUGAACUCAGACAUCAUCCCACCAUUGAAACGACCUAUAACAAAAUCGAUAUCAAGUUAACUACUCAUGAUGAGGAGAAUCACGUCACAGAGUUAGAUCUAGAGUUAGCUAAGGCUAUUGAAGAAAUAUAUACUACAAAGUUUGAUAAAUCAGCCAGCUAAAUAAUUACUUUUGAUUUACUUAUAUUACACUGUCUAACC